GUCCUUCAGGGCCACCGUACAUAAGGGUUCUCCAUAACAAUUUGACCGGCAUUCCUGUAUCAAACUGUGGGAAGCCCUUUAUUAGAGGGCUCCCUACAAUCACAGCACUGAAUCGAGGGCGCCUGGUUGGUUGUGCGCAUGUACACCGUGUAUUACGGUGACGUAGCCGCACGGACACUCCACUCACCGUCGUCACCACCAUCACCACCGACCGGCGUGCACCGACUAAGUAAAAGUCAAGAUGGCGACCGAGGGUCAGUCUGAGUACGAGUCGAUCCUCUGUGUCAAACCUGAAGUCAACGUUUACCGAAUCCCACCGAGAGCAUCCAACCGGGCUGUCAGGGCGGCUGAUUGGAAGCUAGAUGCUCCUGACUGGACGGGACGCAUGCGUGUGACGGCCAGAGGAAAAGUGGCCUAUGUGAAACUGGAGGACAAAAUCUCUGGGGAGCUGUUUGCCCAAGCACCAGUGGAAGAGUACCCUGGCAUCGCAGUGGAAACAGUCAGUGACUCAAGCCGUUACUUUAUUCUCCGCAUUCAGGAUGACAAUGGCCGCAGUGCGUUCAUCGGCAUAGGGUUUGGAGACCGAGGCGACGCCUUUGACUUCAAUGUUGCACUUCAGGACCACUUCAAGUGGGUGAAACAGGAGGAUGAAUUUAGUAAGCAGGCACAGGCUCCAGACAACACUCCUAAACUGGACCUGGGCUUCAAAGAAGGACAGACCAUUACUCUCAAUAUUGGGCAAUCAAAAAAGAAGGACAGGUCUCGUCCGCAGAGUUCAGGUGGUUUUGGACUUCUCCCACCUCCUCCUGGGGGCAAGUUAGCCCCACCCCCUUCAGCCAGAUCCACCAAUCAUAACACACAACCACCUGAAGGAGGAAGUGACACCGGUUGUUUACUAGACCUGGACUCCAGCAACUCCAACUCGGCAGUUCAAUCCAACCCCAGCACCGCCACAGCCAGCUCUGACCUGUGGGGAGACUUUGACUCUGUAUCCCCAAAGUGAGGAGAGAUUCAUUUUGUUUUUCUCCCUCUUGUUUCUCUGUAAAUUUAUGCAGCUCUUUUUUGCAUCUUUGAUUUCCCCGUUAUGGGGUCCUGUAUCUCUCUCUGCCAAGCAGGGUAACGUCCUGAACUAGGUCAAUUCCAGUUUAGUUUAGUUCCUUGUGGCUUUGUGCCCAACUAGAUACACCCAGACCUCACAGUCAAGUCUUAAUCAAACUAAGUUAGAACAUCUCCAUCUCUCUUUCCCCCUUUCUUCCAGUAGAGCUCUGCCCUCUCUUCUGUGACUUCUCCUUAGCUCUCUGGUUUCUUUCUUUCUGCCUUUUUCCUCCCCUCUAAAUGUUUUGUUUGCUAAUUUCUUUAGUAGACUACACCAGAAACAUGAUCAUGGGAGACAUAGUCAGAAACAUCCAAUGAGGUCUAAUUAAAUAUAAUAAUAUAUGAAUUUUAUGUACAGAGAAUAUUUAUUUUCAAUGUGUAUAUAGUAGUCAGUAGUUGGUAAAUUGUGUCUGUGGUGUUGUCACCUGUAUGCACUGUAGUUUAUUUUUCUCCAAGUCCCCAGCAGUGGGACUGCCUAUAUGCACUGACUGGCAGUCUAGUCUGUCUACAUAGUUAGAUAGUAACCCAUAGUCUGCAUUUAAAGCAGAAAUAUUAAUAACUUAAAUUUAAGCUAAUGUGAAGUUUAACAUUGAUGAUUUUACUUGAAGAAACCAGGCUGAUUUACAGUAUAGAUGUGUGUAGCGCUCUCUGCUGGGCUGUUUUGGCGCUGCAGUAUUCUUCUUUGAGAGAGUUGUCAAACUGAGCUGCAGCUGUUGGACCACAAAUCUCCCUGGUAAUAGGCCCUGAGCAUGGUGCAGAUCGUUUUUACAGUAAAUCAGUACAAAUAGACAGGGAAGUAUAAUGGUUGGAUUUUGGAGUGUGUUAGCAGGAGAAAGAGAAGCAUCAAGUGCUUUUAUCUUUGUCUCAAAGGGAAACGGAUUAAUUAGUCCUGUUAUGUCAUCUGUACUCAGCACAGCUGUUAAAGCUGUGACUGAUGAGUCAUGUGGGUCAUGACCUCUCCCCUGCUUAAUGAAUACAUCUAUGUUUCACCACCAUCCUGUCUGAUUGGCCACCUCAGUGGUCACCACAAAAUCCUGAACAAUGAUUGGGUAUUUAGCUUGUCACUUAAUUGAAAUACAUUAUUUGGGGCUGUGCUCAAGGUUCUGCUAGCAGCUUUCUUUGUAUUUCAAUGAAAUAUAGUUUUCUUUUGUUAGUACUUUAAAUUGUGACUUUGAACAAGCAUCAUCUGUUUAGUUCUUAACGAUUCAAGCUAAGAUGAUUUAAUGUUGCCACUCUUUGAAAACAAAAAAUACACAGGAAGAUAGCAUCUUCUGGAUACUUUCAUGUUGGUAGUUAGAGUAUGAAAAGUUGGGAAUAAAUGCUAUUGAUCAUGUGUGCAAACAUACUUAAUGCAACCCCUGCAAAAGUUAGUCCCAGUUCAGCCACCCCAGUCAAAAAUAUCUGGCUCUGCCCCUGAGAGUAUGGAAGCCUAGAAGGAGAUGCUGGCAGUUUAUUAAGCUGAUAUCUGGAGAGUCUCAGAAAUUAUCCAAAUCAGGAGUGCUGUGCAUGCGAGUUUAGCUUCUAUGCAAAAUGUUGAAAAUGUUGCAUCAAGGAGUUCCAAAUACUGAUUAAUGUACCAGACUGUAUUUAGACCAAGCUGUGACAGAGGCAAAGUGUGUUAUCACUUACUGUUUCAUAUCAGUCCUCAUUGUUUCAGCAGAGGAGCAGCCCGUCUGGAACUUCACAGGGAAUCCUAAAGCUUGUUUGAUAAGUGAACUUUUAUGAAAUCGACCUUGUGGUAACAAGAUGAAUCAAAACAUUGUAUUUUAAAAAACUAAAGUUGAGUUAGCGCGUAAAGAAAUAACUAAUCAGAGACCUUGAGAUACCAGCUUUCAAAAUCUAACAGCCAUCAGGCUUCUGCAAAGAAGAGCCUCAGCUUUUUGUUUUUCCUGUAUAAACUAGUUUUUACUGUGAACUUCAAUUCCAUGUGAAGGCGUGAUGUUAUUAAUGGUAUUCUGAUUCAGACAAACUCAACCAAGCUCAUCUGUGUUUGAUGCAGUGUUUUAUAGUGACAUUAUGUUCUAACCAGAAAUGGAUCAUGUUGCAUUGAUAUCAUAUGCACGUAUGUUGUGGCACACGGCAGUGUGAGUGAUGAUUGAUAUUGUUUGGAACGUAAUGGUGCUGAAGUAUUUGUCGAUUAAUCUUCUCUUUGAUUGAAAGGCAUAUGAGAUGCAAAGUAUUCUGAUGACAGAUUGAUCAUUUCUGUGAUACACCGAGCCAAAAUGAUUAAUGAUCUGCUGGUUAAAUGAAAGGGCUUGCUUUUUUUCUUUCCCCUUUUAUGAAAGUAAUUGAAGAGUCUUUUGCUCUUCAGCUGUUGGUUAGAGACUCAAAACUAUUGGAAAACAUCACUCCUUGGCUCUGAGAAAGCCAUAGUUAAAUCUGGAGGAUUUUUGUAUUCUUAAACUGAUUAACUUGUCGAAUGAGUAACAAGAAUGAACCGUUAAAGAAAUGCCCUAGAACACAGAAAUUGUGUGAGUGUAAAGCCUGAACAAUGUUUGUCAGUGUUUGUUUUAUUGAUUAAACUCUAUGUAUCACUUCCCAAUGUUACUUGUAAUUCAAACUGUAUAUGUGUAUGGAAAUGUAUAUGGAAAAUGAAUAUGCAAAGAAAAAUAUAAAGAUAUCACCUGAUGAACAUAA